CAAUAUUGGAAUUCACCAAGCGCAAAACGAAACGCAAUGUUAUGACAUCAACUUUGACAGCUGCAAUUUCUUAACAAAUUUACAUUUGCUUAUAUUUACUAUUCUUCCGAUUGAGUCACAAUCAAAUUAUACCCCUUAUUACAAAGAAAUAUGUUUCAGAUUCGUCUGGAUAUUACCGUAUCCUAAUUUCCGAGAACGUAAGAUGAUGUUACAAAGACAUACAUAACCUAUCUUCGUUCACUUGUGAUAAGAAAUAUUGUGAAUAAUAUUAAGAAAUAUUCCAUAGUAAAUAAGAAUUUAAAUAUGAAGAAUGGAUGAUUUAGAGAAGCACGCUUCUUCAUAUCAGCAGGACCAGGAAAUACUGGAUGCCCGAGGCAUCAACAUGACAGUAGAGGAGGUGGCCGGGCUCCCGACGGUGAAGUACUCUGAGAAAGUGCAGUCGCUCCGGCUCAACGAAGAGGACUUGUCUUUUCUGAAGGGGCUCCGGAGGCGGAUCAAGAAUCGGUUGGCAUCACAGAACAGCCGGCGGCGCAGUCUGGAGCACCUGCGGCGGCUGACGCGCGAGCUGCGCUGCGUGCGCGCGCGCCGCGACGCCGCGCUGGCCGAGCGCCGCGCGCUGCUGCGCCGCCGCGACCUGCAGCGCGACCGCUGUAGGGCGUUGCGGCUGCAUAUAUCGCUGGUCCUACAAGAACGCUCGGACCCUUCCCAACUCCCAGCACUAGAUGAUCUAGAAUCUCCAACCCCCAAAGACAUCAAGACCCCCAGCUCCCCAGACCUCAGUGAGAGCUAUCGAGACCUAGAAAGAGAAAGCACGUUUGAAUGUCGAAUCGAAAAACUAGUUCAAAAGAGCGUCAACCAUAUAUUUGAUAAGAAAAAGGUUUCAGCCAAAACUGUCUUCCUAGAUGACAAGAAAUGUUACCAGGAUGCCUUUAUGAAGGACAAAAUUUUCAAUGAAACGAAUAGUGGCUUUCUAAAGGACAAAAUUUUCGAUGAAAGAAACGGUGCCUUCAUAAAAGACAACAUUUUCGAUGAAAGAAACGGUGCCUUCAUAAAGGAAGAAAUUUUUGACAGAAAAGACUUUAUAAAGGAUGAAAUUAGAAAUACCUUUAUAAAUGACAGUGGGAUAAAGCAGGAGUAUGAUAAGGUACUGAAAGAGGAAAACGGGGGAGUGCUGGAUCUGUGCGUGAAGGCCAAGAGGAGUCACGGGAGGAAGCAGUCGGCGCCGCGGCGGAUCGCGUACGUCGAUGAAUAUAACGAUGUGGUCCUGGAUUUGAAAAUAAAGAAAGAAAAUCAGUGAUAUUGACAAACACAAUUAAUUAAGAAUUUAACUGUAACCAAAAAAUCAUAACAGUUUAUACGAAAAGUAAGCAUAGGAAUAGUCAGGCUUACGUUCACAAAUAUUACAAGUAGAAGCCUUAGAGAUGUAGUGCAUAAUAGGCCUGUUGCAAGUAACAAAGAAUCAUGGAAAUAAUGGUUUCAACGAAACAUAUAUGUUAAUAUGAUUCUAAAAAAUGGCCCAAUCUCAGUAUAAACUGAAGGAUUAUUAAUAUAUUCAAUAAAAUAAAAGUGCAAAAUUCUCCAAUCGGCCAUUUUUACUGAAACGCCAAUCAGAAACGUUCCAAACAGUGACGUCAUCUAUCCAUAACAUAUUUCUUAGAGCAACAUAGACAACCUCAUUGACCGAAACCUAUACGCGGGCACCAAAGAGUUCGAAAGGUGCAAAAAAAAUGUUAUUUCGCCACUAAACAUUUAUUACGUCCAAAAAAUAUUAUUACACGAUAUAAAGUAGAUAACUAUUUGUUAUUAUUUAAAUAAAAUGCUAAAUAAUACGACAUUUCAACAACAAACUUUUUUAAUUAUUUGGCUGAAUGGAACUAUCAUUGCCAUGUUGGCAGUCGUAACUAGAAAAAAUUAAAAAGUAAAACCGGCGUUCGGUGAUUUUCACUCAAAAUUUACAUGUAUCUAAAUAAUUCAUCUUAAACUGCAACCGUGUGAGAGUUUUUGUGUAAAAUGAGUUAUUGUGAUAAAUUUUUGUAAUGUAUUUAUCAUCCCUAAUCGUAAUAUAUGGUGCUGAAUUAACAAUAUCAUUCGGAUUCAAGGGAAAUUCGUAACUGUAAGUAUGUAAACAAUAUCUACCACCCUACCACCAACUAAAUGAUGACGUCACAAAUGGCAUGCGAGGCGUUUUCGCGCGAAGUUUAAACUAGCUAUAAUAAAAUGCAAUUAUCUAUGUGAAAUCUUAUGAGUAUAACUGAAAUAUAGUGUUUUUCGGAACUAAUACAAGUGUACCGACGAUAUUAAAAGGGUUUUCAAAAUUUGUCAUCAGGCCUAUUGUUUUCCAUCGUAUUUUCUCGGAAACGUUCGUAUUUGUCAUGCUACUUCAGUCAACCUCAGUACUUUUUGUACCGAGACUGACUGAAAUAGCAAGACACGUUCGUACGUUUCCGUGAAAAAAAUAUGGAAUAUAAUUAUGCUAUGCACUACAUCUUUACCACGACUUUUGAUAUUAUCAAAUCUUUGUAUCGAUUUUAUUUAUUAUUCUUUAAAAUCGCCGCUGUAUCUCCAUUCUUGUAAGCUAUUCUAUGUCGUCCAUGUAUUCUUGUAUAAUUAUAAAUUAUAAUUAAGUUAUUUCUACAAUUUGAAGUCUGUAUAUCAUCAUCAUCAUCCUGGCGUCAAUCCCGGCUGUGCCGGGGCGCGGGGCGCGAGGACCCGGGGUCCGCCUUCCGACUCCUUCGUGACCACUUUGCCCGAUCUUCGGCAUCCCUGGUAGUGAGUCCGUUGGCACGCAUGUCCUCCUUGACGACAUCAAGCCAUCGCUUCUUGGGCCGGCCUCUUCUUCCCGUACCGGGAGGAGGCGGCAUGGCCAGGCAUUUGUUACCCACGUAACUUGCCGGUCUGCGCGAGACGUGGCCAUACCAACGAAGGCGACACUCUUGCAGUUUGUCUGCAAUGUCACGGACGCCAAGACUACCCCGAAUGUGGGCGUUUCGGACGCGAUCCUUGCGUGAAACUCCGCACAUCCACCGUAGCAUCUUCAUUUUGAAGUCUGUAUAUAUACCGAAAAUUAACAAUUAAUGAUUUUAAAGAUCUUAGUAUUAUUUGGUUGUUUGUUAAAAUGUUUAUAAAAGUCCAAUACAAGAAAAUGAUAGUUAUUUUAUGCCAAUUUUCAUAAAAUGAAAUUGCAACUGUAUUUUUCAAAUAAACUGAAAAAAAAUACUAUACUGCAAAACGUAAUUCAAGGCCAAAAAAAGUAAGCAAUGUUGCCACUUUUUACUAGCGCGUCUUGAGUUUAAGUAAAAAUAAGUAAAUAAAAGUACUUUUUUUCAAUCGUAGAAGUAAAAUUACUAAUAAAUAAAUUAUCUUAGCGUGAUUAUUUAUCAAAAGGAAUUUACUAUUUUACAAACAAAUUAUUGCAGUGGCAACAUUGUCUUACUUUUUUCGGUCUUGAAUUACGUUUUGCAGUUUAGGUCCCUAAACCAUGAUCCAAAAAGUUUUGGUGACUCAGGCGCUUAUAAAUAUCUGAGCAAAACUAUUCAGAAUGAUCAGACACACAAGAAGUCAUUGGCCAGAUGAUAGCUAAAGUAAGGAACCGAAAUUAACUCGAAAUCACAAAUGAAUUGUAAAUUAUUUAUAGUAUAAUUUCCAUAGGAAAUGUAAAAAUAUACAAACAACAAAAUAUACAAAUAUACCUACGUUAUACAAAGUAGUUUAAUGAAAUAAGUUGGAUAGCUAAUCAAAAGGAUCCCCAUGUCCCCAUGGUUCUAAAGUGCUAUUUUAUUUUGUCACUUAAUUUUUCGAAUAAAACCUGACCAGUAAUAUAUGAUCAUUGUCAAGAGGACGCUGUUAUUCUCAUGUAUAGGCAGUGGGGAGACACUCCUGACUUCGGGCAAACUCGGCUCCGCUCGGCUCAGCAUUGCUCCGAACAAUUAUUAGGGUUGGCACAACUUGACGUCCUAUUGCGGGCACGACCACAGAUAAUUACUUGAAUUUUGACAACCCUAAAUAGCCGAAACGGAUAGUGCCAUAAGUUAGAAAGGGACAUCAUGAUUCAACCCUGAAUCGCUGUCAAACUUCGGUUUUGUAGGAAGUGUCCUUUCUGUACGGUAGUAGUAUUACUUAUUCUGUGGUAUAGGGUGACAGUUCAAUAUAGUAUGAAAAAAUUAGUUUCCGCAUUCCGCAACAUGGCGCGUGUUCAUAUAUUCCUGGUCAGGCUUUACAUACGAGGGACAUAUAUUCGACGUUUUGUCUCCCUGUCACACUUACGUACGAAUUUACAAGUGCGACAGAGAGGCAACACGUCGAAAGUAGUUCGCGGUAGGCCCUCAAUACCGUAGAAUUAAUACUUUAAGCAAUUUUAAGUAUUUAGAGUCAGACCAAGCUAACUAUGCACCAAUUUUGACAGCACAGAUUGUACAAGUGUUAUUUUAAACGUCAUAAUUUCAUAAAAUAAUUAUUUUGAGGCAUUUUAAAAUAGGGAUCCUUUUGAUUUGGACACAGAAUGUGUGUAAAAUGAUAAAAAUGACUAUUGAGGUGAUGUUGAGUUUUGUAAUAAAUAAUUUUAG